AUGGUGCAACAAAACACGAGCAUCAGACGACAAUUCAUACACUGCGCAAUCACUACCUCACCAACAAGCCCAGACUCUCGGCCAUCCCCUCACGGCUUUUUGAGGCACAAGUUUCACGUGGUCCCUCUUCGCCCCACAUUUCGCACCUCCAUUCCCCCCCAGUUGAAGCUCACCAACGAGCCCAGACUCGCAGCCAUCCCCUCGCCGCUGCCUGACUCGUUCGCCAUGCUGGCAUCUCUGCGUGACGUGGAUCUGUCAGCCAAUGGGCUUUCGACAUUCCCCGACGCCGUGCUGUCCGUUUCUGAGCUCAAGAAACUCAAUUUGUCGAGAAACAAGCUUACAAGUCUUCCUCAAUCGAUAUGCCGGCUCGCCCACCUGGAGCACCUGGACCUGGGCCGAAACCACCUGUCAGGUGUUCCUGAGGAGAUCGGGCACCUGACGAAGCUCCUGACGCUCAACCUGAUGUGCAACCAGCUGGAGAGCCUGCCUGAGAGCAUCGGGCGGCUGACGAGGGUGUUUCGCCUGGGGCUCAAGAGCAACAGGCUCAGCGCCCUGCCCACAUCAAUAGGCGGCAUGACGUCUUUGGUAGAGCUCUACCUCACGGACAACCAUCUCACGGCCCUGCCUGACUCCAUUGGCUGUUGCACCAACCUCGUCAAACUGCAGGCAUCGUUCAACCAGCUGUACGAGCUGCCAUCAUCCAUGGGCCGUCUCUCCCGCCUGGAACUGCUCCGUCUCGCAGCCAACAACCUGCACGCCCUGCCCUCCGCCCUCGCACUGCUGCCCCACCUGGCGUGGCUGUCGCUCGCCAGCAACCCCUUCUGCCCGCCACUGCCGCCGCAUCACCAGGGCGUGGAGGAUAUUCCGUUUGAAGAGCUGCAUCUUGGGAGGAAAUUGGGAGAUGGAGCUAGUGGCGAUGUCUAUGCAGCGGUGUGGCACGGGCACGAGGUGGUGUUCAAGCAGUUCAACAGCGCGACCAGUCCCGACGGGCGGGCAGUGGACGAAAUCGCCAUGACGGCUGCUGUCGACCACCCCCACCUCGUGCAGGUGGAAGCCACAGUGGAACAGCCGCAUGGGCUGGUCAUGCGACGCGUGUUUGGAAGGGCCAUGGCGGACCCACCCAACGGUGAAUCGCUGCUGCGCUGCCGCUGGUCCCCCUCCGCGUCCUACUCGCUCGCCACUGUGGUGGCCGUGGGGAGGGGCCUGGCAUCGGCUUUGGAGUGGAUGCAUGCGCGGGGGUGGGCGCAUGGGGACGUGUAUGCACACAACGUUCUUGUGGAUGAUAAGGGCUUUGCUGUGCUGUGUGACUACGGCGCAUCCUUCCCCUACCCUCGCCACAGUGCCAUCCCCUUUGAGUCACACGAGGUGAGAGCACUCGCGCUGCUGCUCCAGGGACUCUACACGCGCCUCUCAGCCCCCGAGACCACAGCAGAGCUGCAGAGCCGCGAGCAGCUGGGGCGGCUGAUUGAGGCGUGUGUGGGAGGGACUGCGAAGGAGCGACUGAGUUUUAGGGAUUUUGGAGAGCAGCUGACUGCUAUUUCCAGGAACCAUGUGUGA